AUGUCUCAACACUCUACUGCUUUGAUAAUGGCAGAUCUAGCUUACAUCAUAGCUGGAAAUGUCUUGGACAAACUGGGUUCUCUUGCUUAUGAAGAGGUUAGCUUGGCAUGGGGAAUGAAAAAAGAUCUUGACAAGCUUAGGCUAAUCACAUUAGCCAUCCAAGAUGUGCUCCUGAAUGCUGAAACUAAGCAAGAAAAGAAUCCACAACUCAAAAACUGGCUCAAUUACCUUAAGGAUGUGUUCCAUGAUGCGGUGGAUGUGCUCAAUGAAUUUGAGUGUGAAUUACUGAGGAGACAAGUUGUCAAACAACAUGCCUCUUUUGGUAGAAAGGUAUGCCGUUUCUUUUCAGGGUCCAAUCCUCUUGUUUAUCGUUUUAGUGUUGUUCAUCGAGUUAAAGAGAUAAGACAACAAUUAGAUGAGAUUGCUAAGAAUAUGGAAACGUUUCAUUUGAUCAAAACUCAGCUGAAUGUGGAACAAAGCUCUCUCGUGUUAGAGAAUAGAGUGAUGACUCACUCCUUUGUUAACCCUUCGGAUGUUAUUGGUAGAGAUCGUGAAAAAGAAGAGAUCCUAGAUAUGAUAUUGAUGGAUGAUAACAAAAUUGAGAAUCAAAUUCCUGUGGUAUCUAUAAUGGGAAUUGGGGGUUUAGGAAAGAUUUCACUUAUCAAAUCAGUUUUAAAUGAUGGGAAAAUUGAUGAAAAGUUUGAUUUGAAGAUUUGGUUGCAAAGACCCUUGAGUGAGACUUUGAAGGAUGACAAGUUUCUACUUGUGUUGGAUGAUGUAUGGAAUGAGGACCCUUUUAAGUGGCAGGAAUUUGCAGAGUUGUUAUUUGUGGGUUCUAAAGAAAGCAAAAUUAUAGUGACAACACGAAGUAGUAAAGUUGCUUUAAUCAUGGGUGGAACAGAACCUUAUGAAUUGAAGGGCCUACCUAAGAAGGAUUCUUUGUCUCUGUUUUUCAAGUAUGCAUUUUGA